UAGCCGAGUGACAGGCAAGCAAGGAGCGUCUCAUUUCUGAGGCCAGCAUGAUGUCGAACGAUUGAUGUGCAUAUAAAUCAGUGGGAGUGGCAUUUCGUGGAAUCCAAGGACUCUAGCUAAAUUCUCAGACAUACCUCGCCGUCUCGGCAUCAAAAAUGCUCAUAAACAGUGAAUUCGCGUCUCCCACUUUCACCCCCUUCCCGCUGACUCCGCUGGACCACCUACUACCCAGGCUUUAUAUGACAUGCUUCCCGUACUUUGCGACAAAAUCGCCGACUGAGGACGCGUUAAUUCUUAAAAAUGGGAUCGAGGUCCUGGUUGCACACAAUCCCAUCCUUGCGGGAGAUGUCUGUCCCGCCUCAAGCCCAGAUGGAAAGACUAACACCUUGGAAGUUCGACCCCCGACAGAGACAAGCCUCAAAGAGUAUCCCCUUGUUCGCACGCAUGUGCACACCAGAGAGUAUUUUUACCGCCAGAAGGCGAUUAUUUCCCAUCGAGUGACAGGCAGCAUCCUGGGCCAAGCAAAGUACAGACCCAUUCCACUAGAGGCGAUCAACCAGGAACGCGCACCCGCACUUCGUUGGCAGAUAAAUAUCUUCGAAGAUGGAAUAGUCGUGGAUGUCUGCUUCCAUCACAUGUUCGUCGAUGGGAUGGGUGUAUACAUCCUCCUUAAGGCUCUGGCUGUAUGUUGCCGGGGCCUGCAACACACGCGUCAGAUUUCACUCCAGACGGUUGACAUGGAAUGUCGCAGAAAAAUCAUCGAGAUGGGCGAACGGGCAGAAAACAUGCCAGAGACCAAAUUUGUGGACAUCUUUCCUCGUGCAAAGACAGCCCCCGACCCCAGUCGUGAGGAGGUGGAAUGUCAGCUUGUAACGGUCCCUUUCGAGGUGAUUGGUCGUCUCAAGGAAGCCUGUCAAGCCAUCACGACAGAUCUACUAGGCUUUGCGGCCGGAGAGGUCGAGCCGGAACUUUUGAACAGAAGCCAGGCGCAUCCUGUUUUCUCUGAUAACGACGUAGCCGCAGCUUUGAUGUGGCUCUGCUGGGCGCGAUCACGGUACCACGAAAAGAGGUUCACCUCCCGACCCGAUGAAACCAGCAUUGUUAUGAUGGUUGAGCUCCGUCAGAAAGGCAUACUUCCACCAAAUUACAUCGGAAACGCCCUGGCUCCUGUCCCCGCAUCCGCACCUCUAUCAUCCGCCGUCAACUCCCCUGCCAAGGACACUAACAAAGAAUCCAAUCGUAAGCCUUCGGAUAUGUACCGCCAGAUCCCUGGACUCAGCACCUACGACCUUGCACUCCUAGCCGAGCUGACCCUCCGUGCUUACAAGGCGGUUGUUGGUGUCGACAAAGAAUACAUCCAGGCACUCAUACGGAAAAAGCAAGUCAGCAAAGACUGGCAGUCCUAUUAUCCCAGCGAGGGACAAUUUGUCUACAGUAACAUGCGCUUGCUGAAUACGAUGGCUCUCGAUUUUGGGAAAGCGCUCGGCAAUAUUGCGCGAUUUGAUUUCCCGGAUUUUCGCACCAAUGGACAGUGCUGGGUAUUGCCUGCCCCGACGCGAAUGGCGCCCUGGGAGUUUCGAAUGUCCAUGGAGAGGGAGGACAUGCAGCGGUUUCUGCAGGACCCGUUGCUGGUUUGGGCGAUGGGCAGGGAUAUGGCGAGGUUGUGAGAGGUACAAUGGGUGGUUGGUACGGCACCGUUGGAGUGUGAGC